UCAACUAUGGCGGAAGUGUCAGAAGACACAAGUUGGAUAAUAGAUUUAGAGACAGCUUUGGUAGAUGAGUGUGAUUAUGGAACAUUGAGAAAUAUUUGUAAAAAUAGACCAGUACCAGCACACCUUAGAGCUGAAGUUUGGCAGAUAUGUUUAGGUGUACAUGGUAAAGGAGAUUCUUUGGCAACAUUUGAUGGAUUGUUUGACUUGAAAGAACAGGAACAGAUACGACAGGAUUGUAAAUCACUUAUAGAUAAAUUUGGAAAUGAAGAUGAAGAAGAUAAACUCACUCUUGUGAGUGACCUUGAAACAAUUAUUACCUUCUAUAGCAAGUCCCGUAAUGAAACUUACAAAUCAGAAUGUGAUUGGCUAGGAGUCAUUCAGCCUUUACUGGCAUUGAAAUUAAGCAGAGCAGAAAUUUACAAUUGUUUUUAUGCCAUUUUGAACAAAUUUAUUUCAAGAGAUUGUGAAAAGAAUGGAAAACCAUUCCAUUUAUUUAGGUUACUACUACAGUAUCAUGACCCAGAACUGUCCUCAUUUUUGGACACAAAAAGAAUUACUCCUGAUACUUAUGCUCUACCCUGGUUAAGAAGUUUAUUUGCUUCCACCUGUACUUUACCUGUGAUACAGAAUAUGUGGGAUGUAUAUUUCCAACAUGGAGAUCCAUUUCUGGCUUUCUUUAUGGCGCUGGUCAUUCUUGUUAAUGCAAGAGACCAGCUUUUAGCUGGAGAACUUGAUACCAAACAGGCCAUCAUAGAAGUGUUAACAUCAUUUCCAUCAGGACUAGAAGCAGAGGACAUUGAAGAUUUCUGUUCCUUGUCACAGUACUAUGCAUCCAGAACACCACAGUCUUUCAGAAGAGAUUACCAGGGUCCAUUGUUUGGUGUUAGUCUAGUCCCUGUUAGAGAAGAAUUUGAAGUUAGUGUUACUCAGGCCCUCUGUUUACCUGUGUCAGUAGCAGAAUUGUUACAAGCUUGCCAACCAGGAUCAGGUGACGGAGUGAAGUAUUUUGUAGUGGAUUGUCGACCAGCAGAACAGUAUAAUAAUGGCCAUUUACCUACAGCAUUCCACUUAGAUGCGAACUUAAUGUUACAGAAUCCAAUGGAAUUUAAUACUGCUGUACAGGCAUUGUUAGCUGCUCAACAACAAAGCAUUAAUGCUGGAUCCAUAUCAGGAGGUGAACACUUAUGUUUUAUUGGUAGUGGCCGUGAAGAGGAGGACCAAUAUGUUUACAUGGUUAUAGCCAACUUUUUACAAAAACAUUACCAGUUCAUCAGCUUUGCCAAGGGAGGUUACUCAGCUGUUCAUCAGUUAAUGAAGGACAGAUUGAGCGACGGAUUAACAAACCAUAAUUCUAAACAUUGUAUAAUAUGCAAUCCUGAGGCAGCUUCUAGUGAUUUAGAAAGUGGAGAAGAUUUCCGUCCAUCUUCUAAGAAUAAGGAUGAGUCAGAAUCAUUAUUUGGAAAAUUGUCUGGAGCUGUCAAGAGUAAAUCAGCGGAAAUGAAACAAAAAUUGACUGACUAUAUCAAAAAUGAAAACCAACAAGUUGAAAGACAUGUGAGUAAUACAGAUCGAGUGGGUAAAAGAUACAGAAACAUGGAUAAUGUAUUCUCUAUAGGUGAUGAUGAAGAUGAGGAGUUACCUAAUUCUUCUGAUGAAGAUUCAAAAGAGAAAGUGAGCUUGGAUACAUGGUUAAAGAAACCAGAUAUACUAUACUCUUGUAAAUGUAAUGCUGUCGGAUCAAAUGGUUUUAUGUUCCCAAGUUAUAUUCUAGUAACAGACAAUCAUAUGUAUAUUUUACGUGAAAUUCCAAUAAGAAAAGGGAUGGCACAUAUCCAGUCUCGAAGGGCAUUGGGAAGUAUUGUGAAAAUAACAUCUAAAAAACGCCAUCCUGAGUUGAUAACAUUUAAAUAUGGUUCUUUAGAGGAUGAUUCCGUUGAAGUGACUGAUAUGGACAGAUUCUUAAUUCCAAAUGCCGGAGAAGCUACUAAAAGGAUUAAACAACAAAUAGUUAAAGUUUUAGAUGCGUUAGACAGAUAAUUCAUAUGUGAUAGUUGUUCGUGAGGAUACCAUUAACAUAAAUGCUGAAUACGAAGAGAUUAUAACAAUGAUUGAUUUUAAUUGGUGAUUGCUGUCAAAAACCCUGAGCCUCACCAUGACAUAAGCAGCUUGUUGCAUAUUUUCAGACAAAAUCGUAAUAAUUAAGCAAUUAAUAAUAAAGUUAAGGCUCAUUUGGCCAGGUUUAAUCUUUGUAAGGCAUUCUGAUGUGUGGGUGGGCAGAUAAAUAUAAGAUACUGUUUAUAAAAGUGAAAUGGAAUUUUUAAGGAUAAGAAUAAGUAUUAAAAGGCAUUUGAUUUGAAAAGCUGCAUUUAUUAUAGAGAGAUUUAUUAGAAAGCCAGAUAUAAAGAGUGAGAGAAAAGAAUGAAAUUCAAUGCAAGAUUGUAGAUACAAUCAGUUUUAUGAGUGUGAAUAUAAAAAUAAGGAGAUGUGGUAUGAUUGCCAAUGAGACAACUAUCCACCAAAGUUCAAAUACAGUGGAUGUAAGCAAUAAAUGUCUCUUCAGUGAUGCUCAAGGACAAACUAUUCGAAAAUUAAAGUAUUAAAUAUUAAAAUGAUAUUAAUUUACUGGAUUCAUUAUUAUUUACAAGGUACUUAUUUUCCAGGAUUUCAUGGAAAUUGGUGAAUUAAAAUGUUAGAUACAAAAUACAGAUUUCCUAUAGGUUUGAUUGCAGAAUUUGUCAGAACCAUGAAAUCCUGUUUCCAUAAAAAUAAGAACCCAUGAAAAUGAAUGAAUCUUCAGUAGUUUGAUUGUUCCACUUUGAAUUUGGAGCAGGAAUUUUUUUUUUCUUUUAUAAAAAUCAGUUAAAGAAAGCAGUAAUACAAAAUGCCACCUGGCCAAAUAAGUCUUUGAUUCUUGUGAUUGUAAAGUGUUGAUGUGUUCAAUAGAUUGAUUUUAGAUUAGCAAUAGUAAGGGCUUCUUUAUACCUGGUAAGCAACGUUGUGCAAUAUUCAUAAAAUCAUCUCAAAAGAGCUAAUCCGAUUUAAAAAACAACAUACCAUAGAAAAUUUUAUAGUGUAUGCAUAAUUUUACUCCAGAAUUAUAUUGCCACAUUGGCUGUGUUUUUUUUUUUUACAGUAUAACAGACACUUAAGUGUACAGAAAUUGUCAUUUUCUAUAUGUUUAUUUGCACUUGUUGUCAUAUUUUUUUUCCUUCAAAGUAGAAGACACCAUAGUUUCUCCUUAGUUUUCCAAAUCAAUUGAGUUAUUUGACUAAUCAAUAUUAUAAUAUAAAUUGAAUUAAAAAUUAAGUAUUUACAAUGCCUUUAAAUGCUGUAUAUUUUCUUAUCCCCUUAUUGGUUGUUUCUGUUUUGUCCUACACGUGUACCCAUUGCUGAUAAAAACAUGACUUUUCAUUUAAUUAAAGAUGAUUCAAACUCAUUUAAGUUUGCAAAAGUUAUUAUUUCAUAUUUUAUGAAAAUGAUGAGAAUUUGUUUGCAUCAUAAAAAUAUUGCAGACGCUCACAGUCAUGUAUGGCUUGUAACAUCAGAAUUUCGCCAAAUAGAAGAAACUUGGAAAAAAAUAGGUGCACACAAAACAUGAAUAUGCACAAAACUCAGCCUACUAUUAUUAUGACAGAAAAUUUGAUUAAAUUUAAUUAAUUUUACUUCCAUCAAUAUUGCAUGAUGGUAAUUAUUGUAUAAAUAAGCCCUUACAUUAUAUAUUCAGAGUGUGAUAUGUAAGAAUGAAAAACUUCUAAGCCCAGUUAUAUUCUGUUAUAAAUGUUUAUGACCAUGAAGAUGUGAGCAAAUGAUAAAAAAAAUUAUUCAGAUUUAUUGAUAUCGUUCAGAAAAGUUAUCAUUUAGUCAAUUUCGAACAAAAAAUACGAUAUCGCUGCAUGUUUUACAAGAAUUGUUCAGUACUACUACCUGUGACUCAUAGUCUUAAAUAUGUUUGCUGCUUACAUUUUCAACUGUUCCUUUUAGAGUGUGGCCCCUCUAGCUUUAGCAUGAACAAUGUAUUUAAAAAAUUACCACCAGCAACCCAGUUAUUGACAAAUUAAAAAAAAAAUCUUUAACAUGUUAAAAAUACACUUAUGAAAUUCUUGCUCCUCAUACAGCUCAAAAUUCAUUUCUUCCCAUACAUUUCAUAUGAAAAAUCUAGAAAUAUAUUUCUAUUGCCAAAAAUUCUACUUUUUCAAAUGCUUGUCACUCAAAACAAGCACAUAAACCUAUCUGUAUUUUCUAAAAUAUUGAUGUAUUUUUCUUUUUUUUUUUAAAAGACUUCUUUGUAUGGAGAUGUUGUUUAGCUUCCAAAAUCAUCAUAAAUGUUAUGGAGCCUAUUUUGUUUUAUUGGUAUGGCAUGUUUAUUUUAUUUAAAAAAAAAUAUAAAUUUGUUUAUUUUAAGUGUUCCAGAAUCAAAAUUAUAUAUACAUGAGACUGUUGAUAUAUGUAUAGUUUGACAGUAGCUAUUUCUGGUCUUUGA